AGAGUGCCACACGGAGCUCGCGGGGCUGUAGCAGCACAAUCAAGCUCCGACAUGGCUCCUGUGCCCCAUUUCCCGAAGGCAGCGUAAGGAGGCAAAUGCUCCGUGAGGUCAAAGGCAGGUGAGUGCCUGCCAGCUUCCCUGUCAGAGUCUGUUCUUGCUCUUUUCGUUGUCGCCUACACGCCGAUACCCCUGCCAAACGCGAAGUUUUAGUGAAUGACCAUGACGUAGAGGAAAUCGCAGAGUGGAAGGAGUCGCUGCUAUAUAGCGAGAUGCAGAGGGAGCCGAAGAGCGUGAGCGCUGCAGAUCGCUGCCCGACUCUGCUGCCACUGACAGGAGGCUCAACACGACCGGUCACCUGGACUGCGGGCACCCUUUUUUGCCCCUGCAGGCCGGAUAUCCUGUAAAACGCGCGGGGUUCCUCUCAUUUUACGGAAUAAAAGCUCGUUGCAUUUUUUUCAGCUUUCUCUUCCGUCUUUACGAGGUGGCAAAUGUCAUUGGAAUAAUUAAACCCAGGAAGGGAAGCCCGGGCGUACUCAGUGCUUUCCGUACGACACGGGAUACUUUUAUUUUACUAAUUGUUUUGCUCUGCAAGCGAUAACCAGUGAAGAUAAUAAAAAUAAUUCAAGGGUUGCGAACACUGGAUAUUUUGCGUCUGGAUUCCACAUUGCUGAAAGGGGCGUUUUAGCCUGGAUCAAAGGAGGAAUUCCUAUCCGAUUGCAUUCCUGAGUGUAAGCCCUGAAAAGCUUCGUUCUGGUCGGAGACGACACAGCUGACCUGAAGCCACCGUGGACUGUGAAUGUAAUACGGCAGCGUGGGAACUUUUUUUCUCCCACAUGCUGCAUUUCCACGCAGAGAUCAUCGAGUCGAGGGACAGCAGGCGUGUAAGUUGCACGUGAGGUGACUGCGGGCAGAGAGGUUGUGGCUAGUGGUUUGAAAUUGACAGUAAAUUUCGUUGUUUAAAAUCUGGAGAAUGCACGCACUCUGCAGGGGAAGGAGGGCACGAAGUCCUGACGAAGAAGAAGAAAUAAGCGAAGACUGAACUGGGGCCACCUAGCUUAGCGAAUCCACAGAUACAACUGCCACCCACUGUGAAAUAGUUGCUCCAUUUUCUUUGCAGCGGUGGGCAACGCACAACAUCCUUGUCUGCUACUUUUUUGGCAUGGAAAAUGCGUUCCGCAUAAUCCGCUAACGAAGCUUCCAGAUCCGUAUCUCUAGACUCUGUCUUGCUAUGGCGAGUAACAGGGUCCCCUAUGACAACUGGAAUAUCGUGUCUUUCUACAUCCGUGAGCGGCUCCUUCGAAUGGGUUACGAGUGGGAAGCCCAUGUGCUCAGGGAGCGCGAGUCUCCCAAUAAUGGUUCACUCAGCUCCUCCCACUCACCUCAGCAGCCCCCAAGGAGACCGGGCGCUUUACAGAUCCGCCCAGGGGAUCCCCACACCGCUAUACAUGGGGUGCUCCGGGAUGCCGGCGACGAGAUCUCCCGACGGUACCAACGGGAUUUCGCGGAGAUGUCCGGCCAGCUGCACCUUACCCCGAGCACUGCCCGGAGAAAAUUCGCCGCCGUAGCCGAGGAACUGUUCCGGGAUGGUGUGAACUGGGGUCGCAUUGUGGCUUUUUUCGAAUUUGGAGGUACCAUGUGCGUGGAAAGCGUCAAUCGGGAAAUGACCUCACAAGUGGACCAUAUCGCUGACUGGAUGACGGACUAUCUGAACGGACCCCUUCACAACUGGAUCCAAGACAACGGUGGAUGGGAUGCCUUUGUGGAGCUGUAUGGGGGAAGGAGGUCAUCAAUGCUUGGAUGUAGUUGGCCAUCUCUCAAGACAGUUUUCAGUCUGGCUGCUUUGGGUGCUGCUGGUAUCACCAUUGGAGCUUACUUUGUGCAGAAAUAAAGAACACAACAGUUUUUUUUUGUUUGUUUGUUUGUUUGUUUUUUUGGCCUGAUAUGGCACUUCCCUAGGAAUACUUCUCUUCAGAUAUCAAGUAUUUGAAACAAAAUUACAAAAACCAAAACUUUGUCAGGAGAUGCACUGAAUAUGCCAUUAUGGAAAUGAAGCAAUAACACAGGGAAUUAUAUUUAGAAGAAAGGGAAGGACAAUCUUUACUUUAUUUCCACCAGCAUUUGACAGGUUUUUUCUUUCUGUUUCUAAAGAAGUCUACAGGACGUCACACAAUGCAAAACUACUUCAAAUGCACAGUUUUCAUUCAAAAUAGUUCUGAUUUCUCCCUCAAGUUUUAGAUUUUUUUUUCUUCUGGAAACAGUUCAACUGAAAAACACUUUCAGUUUCUUCAGGUAACUCAUCGUGAGUGCCUUCCUGGAAUGAUGGAUCCAAAUACUUCUGGAGGUGGCAAUGAGUGUUUCAAGUCCUUCCGAACAGACUGUCUGCUGAAGUCAAGUUUAAAAAAAAUUGCAAGCACCACACUUUCAUCAGCCUCUUUAGAAAAGACAACUACAUGGCCGGAAUGCCCUUUGUUUUGCCUAUAAGCCAUCUUGUCCUCCCUACUAUAAUUUCCAUCAUUCUUUUUUCCACGAAUUUUCGUGCAGUUUCUUAGUGCGUCUGAUUUUAACUGUCUAGUGCUUGAUCAAUGGACAAUGAACGAAAUCUGACUGCUGUUUGUACUAAAAUAAGCCCAACUAAAUCCUAAUGACAUGUGCUGCCGUGUUUUUAUGUGAGUCUCUCUGACUUUAUAUAUUUGACAGUUUUAGUUGAUCCUUAUGAAAAAAUUAGCUACCACUAUUUUGUGGACUUCAUGGAGUAUAGGCAAAUUAGAGAGAAAGCUUAAAAACAAAACAGUACAAGAAAAGGUACAGCUGAGAAAGGCCCAUGAUGCUGUUGUAGGCUCACCAGUGGUCUGUCCUGCUCCCAUUAAUGUAAUGCAAAGAUUAGGAAGAAAACCAAGUGGGUCAGCUUUUCUCCAAGCCAAACACACUGCACAAAUUCAAGAAGAAGGCAGAUGUGUGUAGCGUGAGGGUUUGACUAAUUGCUGUGUAUUUGCAUGGAAGUUGACUAUUUCAGAGUCAGAGACCUGCUGCCCCUACACAGUUUGACCAAAACAGAGUUCUAGCCCUGGUUCUACUUUCACCCUCUCCUUGCUUUGGUGAGCUUUGAUUACGUUACGCCUGGCCUUUGAUUUCUGUAGCAAUUUUAGUCACUACAAACCAAGUCUUUGUACCAAGAACUGUCUAUACGAAAUCAAGCCCACUAGACACUUACAAGCAACGUUUUGUUUUCACUUUCUGUAGGCCAGCCAAACAAGUUGACACAUACUGAAGACUGUCUUUGUACUGAUUGCCUGUCCAAACUGAAGGAGAGCAGGCCUGUUGUGUUAAGUGAAGCAGGCAAUCAGAUGCUGAGAGUGGGCAACAAAAUAGUAACCAUGUUUGCAUUCUUUACUUUUCCUGCAUUUUUCAUGGGUAUAUAAAAAGAAAGUUUUAUCAUGCAGUCCAGGCUUUUGGCAUUGAACAGCCUAUCAUAUUUAGGCACCCCAGAACAUGAUAUCUCCAUUUUCAGUGUGAUGACUGUUGGAAUAUAAGUCUGUGAACGUGAUAAAACACAAAACCGAAUUGCUCAAGCCAGGUGAAAUUUGACCCAGUUAUCAGCACUGUAAAUGCACCUCAAGAGCGUUUUAUUCAUUACAAAUAUUGAUUAUUUUAUUGUGCCUAAGCUACAGCACAAUUGGGGAAGGACAAAAUAUUUUUUUCAACAAAAUAUGAUUUUUCUAUUCUAUUCCACAUAAUAAAAUAUUAGUCAUUGAUGUUUUACUGCUAAAAUUAAAGCUUUAUUUAGGAAAA